AGCGAUAAGCGAAUUUUCGGCACAUUGAGAGGACCCUCCCACCAUGCUCUGGGCGCUGAGGAAGGAAGCUGCUGCUGGACUGUUUCCAGGUUGGAAGUUGAAUUAUUUUUGCUCCCUGGCAUCGAGUCUUCCAUCCUGAACUCUUCAGGGCGGUAUCCACAGCUGAACCUGCAUCACUGACGAAGCUUUCAAGCCAUCUUUCUGUCCCCUUCAAGCCGGCAAAUCAGCUGCCAGUUUCCACCAUUAUAAGCUUCGAGUCUCUGCAUCGAAACGCCAACAGACAGCAGAAUGGCAAAAGGCAAAUCCGGUCUGUCGGUCUCAUCCAAGGCGAUUGACCCCACAUUGGAUGCGUUGUUCUCCCACAGCGCCGGAGCCGUGAAGACUCCCCCUAAGUCGCGUUACGUUGAGCUACUACCGCAGAAGCCCAGGGCGACUCCCGAGGACGAGGAAGAGGAGGAAGACGAGGAAGACGAAGAUGCGUCCGAGAACGAAGAACUAGGAGGCUCGGAGGAGGAAUCGGGGGAAGAAACCGGCGCCGAGUCGGACGCUGAAGGCUCAGAUGAAGAUGAAGGGAUGCCGUCGGGUGGAGAUGACUCUGAAGACGAUGAGGUAGACGACGCUUCAAGCGCAGACGACGAAACUGCAACCGCGGAGGUUCUGGAGAAAGCCGCUUCACGUGGUCCAUCUCAAGACGACGCGCGGAAGCGAAAGCGGAAACAGCGAGAUGAUGACGAGAAUCUUGAGGCCAACUACUUUGAGAGAUUGGCAAACGAAGAGGAGCCGUCUGGAAAGCGGCACAAGGCAGACUCAACAGAGAAGGGCGCGGCGCCGUUAGCUUCCGAGGCUGAAAAGGAGGAGGACGACGAAUCAGGAGAUGAGGUCCCCGUUCACGAAUCAGUCGCUGCCCGCCCUGCGGUAUCCGAGCUAGAGAAGGCGAACCGCACCGUCUUCCUCAGCAACGUCGCGGCUGAGGCUAUCACGUCACGCAAGGCCAAGAAAAUGCUGAUCAACCACCUCUCGUCCGUCCUUGACAAGAAGGCAGACCCACCUCAAAAGGUAGAAUCGAUACGAUUCCGCUCAACCGCUUUUGAGUCGGCAGGGAUACCGAAACGGGCCGCAUUCAUCAAGAAGGAGGUCUUGGAGGCUACCACCAAAUCCACCAAUGCCUACGCCGUUUACAGCACCACUGCGGCGGCGCGGCUCGCGGUUGCGCAACUCAACGGUACCGUUGUGCUUGAUCGUCAUCUCCGCGUUGACAGCGUCGCCCAUCCGGCAGCUGUCGAUCAUCGGCGCUGCGUUUUCGUCGGCAAUCUCGGCUUCGUCGAUGACGAGAGCGUGUACAACGUCAAAGUCAAUGAGGAGGGCAAGGAAGUUGGUGAGAGGCGCAAACGGACCAAGACACCAAUGGAUGUUGAGGAAGGGCUCUGGCGUGUCUUCAGCAAAGAAGGCGGCAAAGUUGAGAGCGUCCGCGUUGUACGAGACGCCGCGACCCGCGUAGGCAAGGGUUUCGCCUAUGUCCAGUUUUACGACGGCAACUCAGUCGAGUCGGCCAUUCUCAUCAACGGCAAGAAAUUCCCCCCGAUGCUCCCGCGCGAGCUCCGCGUCACCCGCUGCAAGGCUCCGCACAAGACCGCCCGCGCGAUGGAGGCCCGCAACCAGAGGGGCCCUGCGGCCUCCGACCGCAAGGGCGGCAAGUUCGACAAGCGUGGCCGCAAGCCCGAUGCCGGCAACGACUACGUACCCAAGCCCACGGCCGAGUCCCAGACCCUCGCCGGCCGCGCCAGCAAACUGCUCGGCCGGUUCGGCGCGGCGAAGCUCGCGGGCAAGGCUCCCGGCCUGAACAGCAAGAAGAGGCGGGACCGGCGCGACCGGUUCGUGAACCGCGGCGGCGAGGCCGCAGGCGAGGAGACGGGCGGGAUCAAGAAGCCGGAGGAGUUUGUGUUUGAAGGACGGCGCGCCAGCGCGAGGGAUGGCAAGCCCAAGGAUCUCAAGUUCAAGAAGGGGAAGGCCAAGGCCAAGCCGCCUAAUAAAAAGGGUAAGGGUGGCAAGGUUGGGAAAUACUAGGGGGAGGCCUGAGGGGGGCAGGAGUAUGUUGUGGGAAUGGAGGGGUUCAUCUAUUGUACCUGUGUGUAUAUGAAUGUUUGUGAUAGACCGGGACCGGUUAGAACCUAUCUCGCUCGCUGUGUUGGCGAGGCGCCCGGUUAAUGAACAGUUGCCUCAUAA